AUGGAGCCCAAAAACUUCCACCACCCAUUUCAGCCAUACUCCAUACAGCUCAACUUCAUGAACGCCAUGUACGACUGUAUAGAACAAGGCAAGGUUGGCAUAUUUGAGUCUCCGACUGGUACCGGAAAGUCACUGAGUCUGUUGUGCGCUUCGCUGACCUGGCUACGCGAACACAAACGGAGGACGUUCGAUGAAGCGGUCGCCACAAUUGAGAUGGAUGACGAUGAGCCAGACUGGAUGAUGGAAGCUCACAGAGAAGCUCGAAGCCGGCAGAUACGUCAGAUGAGAUCUGACUUUGAGGCACGCCUGUCGGCGGUGAGGGAACGUGAGAGAAAGCUCAAGGAACGGCAGGUGAACGACAAGUCGGCCUUCAAGAGGCAGAAACAAUCUGUUGAUGCCAACACAAUCGACGAGGACGAAGAACAGUUUGUGCUUGACGACUACGGUAGUGAUCAAGAAGGGCGCACUGCCGAGAGAAGCCAGUACUCAGCAGAAACGACCAAGAUGAUGCAGAAGAUGGGAAUGCUACCACGACCGGACGAACGCUCGGACGAAGAUCAAGAUAUUGACGAGUUGAAGAUCUUCUUCUGCUCGAGAACACAUUCUCAGCUAUCGCAGUUCGUCGGCGAGCUCCAAAGAGUCAAGAUGCCACCCGGUCUUCCUCCCGAGAAUGUAGACGGGCAGGAAGACAUCGAAGAAUGCUUUGAAGAGCUCAAGCACCUAACGCUCGGCUCACGCAAGAACUUAUGCAUCAAUCCUAAGGUCAACAAACUCUCAAGUCAAGUCGCAGUCAAUGAACGCUGCAUUGAGCUCCAGCAAGCCAAGAUAGCAGACCAGAAGUGCCCGUACCUGCCCACUAAGGACAAUGAAGCUCAAGUACUAGAGUUUCGUGAUCAUGCACUUGCCAAGAUCCGAGACAUCGAAGAUCUCGCCCAGCUUGGCGCAAAGCGUGCGAUCUGCCCAUACUACGCUUCACGGCCGGCCAUUGGACCAGCCGAAAUUGUCACCCUACCAUACCCUUUACUUCUCCAGAAGUCAGCAAGAGAGGCGCUCGGGAUCUCAGUCAAAGGACAUGUUGUAGUGAUCGAUGAGGCGCACAACCUGAUGAGUGCGGUGGAGGGCACAUAUUCGGCGCAGAUCUCGGAUUUGCAGCUCAGGCGAGCGAAAGAUGCUCUGAUCACGUAUCUGCAGAAGUUCCGGAAUCGGCUCAAGGGCAGCAACAGAAGCUACGUCACACAGGUUGUGCGGGUAGUCGACGCGUUGCUUCAAUUUGCCAUCAGAAUGAAGGGAGGCAAUGCCAAUGGUGGCACCACUUCGUCAAGUUUACUUCUGACUGGCAAGGGCGUCGACCAGAUCAAUCUAGCAAAGCUUGUUCGCUACAUCAACGAGAGUAAGCUUGCCCGAAAAGUGGAAGGUUACAUCUCGUUCGUGGUUAACGGCGAGGCUGAGAAGAGCCGGCAACGGAACAAGUCCAACGAGCGAGUUGAGACCGUAGACGUGCCUGCCCUCACCCACGUACAGAACUUCUUGCUCGCACUUAUGAAUCCAUCUCGGGAAGGACGUCUUCUGUGGUCGAACCUGGACGACACCGUCACUCUUCAGUACAUGUUGCUGGAUCCCUCUGAGCACUUCCGCGAAAUUGUUGAGGAUGCGCGCGCAGUGAUCCUGGCCGGAGGCACGAUGUCACCAAUGGACGACUAUCGGCAACAGCUCUUCCCAUACGUCGACUCUAUACAAACAUUCUCCUGCGACCAUCUCAUACCGCCUAGCAGCCUCUUUGUGCGGGCGAUCUCUACGGACAAAGAUGGACGAAUCGAUUUCAGCUUCAAGUCUAGGAACGAUGCAAGUGCCCUGCGGCUCGGUAAUGCUUUAUUGCAGAUAGCGCCCGAAGUUCAAGGUGGCAUGGUCGUGUUCUUUCCAAGCUAUGGCUAUCUUGAGAAAGUUCUAAGUAUCUGGAAAGGUCAGAAAAUCACAUCAGGGCUCGAAAAAGCAAAGGCCAUGUUCUUGGACAGCCGAACGCAAUCUGCCGAAGACACCUUCAGAGCCUAUAGCGAAGCAAUCGCGAACGAUACUCGCGGCGCCCUGCUUCUCUCCGUGAUUGGAGGCAAGCUCUCGGAAGGCAUCAACUUUUCCGAUGAUCUUGGGCGUUGCGUCGUAGUGGUCGGCCUCCCCUACCCGAAUCUGGAGACGCCGGAAUGGAAAGCAAAGAUGCAAUACCUUGAUGAGAAGGCAGCUGCUCGAGGGGAACCUAAAGACAGAGCGAGCAGGGAGCAUGCAGAGAACGUCUGUAUGAGGAGUGUGAACCAGGCGAUUGGCAGAGCUAUCCGACACAAGAACGAUUGGGCGAGCAUUCUGCUGUUUGAUGCUAGGUAUGCUGAUGGGCGUGUGCAGACGAAGCUGCCGGGUUGGAUCAAGACGAGCUUCGAUGCGAAGGCUUCUGGUGCUUUGGGGAGUGUGGUGGAGGACUUGGGCUGUUUCUUUGAGCGGAAGGUCAGGUCAGUCAUACCUUGA